CACAUUCAUACAGCCAGUUCACUUCAGUUUCAGUCCUAAAAUUCACUUUCUGUUCAAAAUGAUCGGCCAGAAAAGCAUCAAGUCAUUUUUCUCUCCGAAGAGCAAGAAGAGAUGUGUGGAUGAACACGUGACAGAGGUGGACGAAUGUGAUGUCAAAAGACUAAAAAAGGAUCCGGAGUGUGUGAGUCUGAGUCCCGAGCAGCUCGACCGGAUCGCCAGGAACAAAGCGGCCGCGUUGGAGCGCCUGUCCUCCCGCACAGAGCCUGCAGGAGUCGGGGUGAGCUGGAGAACAGCGCUGGGGGCCGAGUUUGAAAAACCUUACUUUAAAUCGCUGAUGAACUUUGUUGAUGAAGAGAGACGAAAGCACACGGUGUACCCGCCGCCUCAGCAGGUUCUCACCUGGACCCAGAUGUGUGAGAUUCAAGAUGUGAAGGUUGUGGUUCUCGGCCAGGAUCCUUACCACGGCCCGAAUCAGGCUCAUGGCUUGUGUUUCAGCGUGCAGAGGCCUGUUCCUCCUCCUCCAAGCUUGGUGAACAUGUAUAAAGAACUGGAGGCCGAUGUCGAAGGCUUUCAGCAUCCUGGCCAUGGGGAUCUGACAGGAUGGGCAAAACAAGGUGUUCUGUUGCUGAACGCAGUGCUGACUGUACGGGCGCAUCAAGCCAACUCUCACAAAGACAAAGGAUGGGAGAUGUUCACAGACGCCGUGGUGAACUGGCUCAGCACGAACCUGGAGGGCCUGGUGUUCAUGCUGUGGGGCGCGUAUGCUCAGAAGAAGGGAGCCGCGAUCGACAGAAAACGACACCAUGUGCUUCAGGCGGUUCACCCUUCACCACUGUCUGCCCACCGUGGCUUCUUUGGAUGCAAGCAUUUCUCAAAGACCAAUGAGCUGCUAAAGAAAUCAGGGAAGAACCCCAUAGACUGGAAGGCACUUUGAGUCACAUAAAAAUGGACAUUUAAACAGUUCCAUUGAAUCUCCAGUUCAUAAUAAGCUACGUUGUUACGUUCUUUUACACUAUUCUUGUGUCGGACCAGCGUACACUGGACCUUUCAGAUCAUCUGCUGUAAGCUUCUCCAUGUUUCUCGUUGUGUAUUAUUCUGUCAGACUUUCUCUAUUGUCCAUGUUAACAUUCCAGUUGAUCUAUAGUGUCUUGUUAUUGUCCUGCAUGUGUUGAAACCCACUGUUUCUGGGAAAUUUACUGCUAAGAACAUUUGCACUUUUUUAUAACGUCCAUGUUAAAAGGACAUUUUUCUUAAUAAACCAAUAUAAUGAA